CCCACUUGCCUCACUCGCGUUGCCUGCAGCCCAUGUGGGCACGAGAAUUGGAGAGUGCAGGGUUCUAAGUUUGUUUUCUUCCUUCAUAGGGAGGCUCCUUCGGCCGGGGCACAGCUCUGAGGGAUGACUGUGAUUCUGAACUUGCCGUCUUCCUCGACUGCUUCAAGGGCUAUGAGGACCAGCGGGCUAAGCGUCCUGAGAUCCUCAAGGAGAUGAGGGCACUGCUGGAAUCCUGGUGGCAGAACCCUAUCCCUGGUCUGAGCCUCAAGUUUCUUAAACAGGACAUGCCCGGGGUCCUCCAGUUCCAACUGGCACCCACCGACUCUGAAAACUGGAUGGAUGUUAGCUUGGUGCCCGCCUUUGACGCUCUGGGGCAGCUCAGUUCCAAUGCCAAACCUGAGCCCCAGGUCUACGCCACCCUCCUCAGCAGCGGCUGCCAGGGGGGCGAGCACGCGGCCUGCUUCACGGAGCUGCGGAGGAGCUUCGUGAACACCCAGCCGGCCAAGCUGAAGAGCCUGAUCCUGCUGGUGAAGCAGUGGUACCGCGAGGCGUGCCCACAGGCAGGGAGUAAGGAGGUGCCCCCAGCCUACGCCCUGGAGCUGCUGACCAUCUUCGCCUGGGAGCGGGGCUGUGGGAAAAAUGCCUUCAGCCUGGCCCAAGGCCUCCGGACCGUCCUGGGCCUGAUCCAGCAGUAUCAGCACCUGUGUGUUUUCUGGACCAUCAACUACAGCUUCAAGGACCCCGCCAUAAAGAAGUUCUUGCAGCGCCAGUGCCAGAGACCCAGGCCCGUGAUCCUGGACCCAGCUGACCCCACGUGGGACCUGGGGAACGGGGCAGUCUGGCGCUGGGACCUGCUGGCCCAAGCAGCAGAGUCCAGCUAUGACAGCCCAUGUUUUCUGCAGGCGGCAGGGGGCGCUGUGCAGCCCUGGGAGGUGCCAGACCUUCCAUGCACUGGGCCCUCAGGUUUGGACCACCCCAUCCUGCAAGACCCUGCCCAGAAGACCCCCAAGGACAGCAGCACUCCCGAUGCUGGGCACUCACUGGCAGGGAACAAGCAGCCCUUAUGUCCAGCUCCCCACCCCUCAGUGGUGGACCACAUCGCCCCCUGCACACUGGAGAGGGCCUCGGAUCUGUCUCGGGUCCCCUCCAAGGAGCUGGACCGCUUUAUCCAAGACCACCUGAAGCCGAGCCCCCAGUUCCAGAGGCAGGUGAGCAAGGCCAUCGAUGUCAUCCUGGGCCGCCUCCGCGAGAACUGUGCUCACAAGGCCUCGAGAGUCAGCAAGGGGGGCUCCUUGGGCAGGGGCACAGACCUCAGGGGUGGCUCUGAUGCCCAACUCGCUGUCUUCCUCAACUGCUUCGAGAACUACGGGGACCAGGGGCCCCUGCGUGCAGAGAUCGUCCGUGAUAUGCGGGCCCAGCUGGAGUCUUGGUGGCAGGAUCAGGUCCCCGGCCUGAGCCUGAAGCUUCUGCAGCAGACCGUGCCCGAGGCUUUGCGGUUCCAGCUAGUGUCCCAGGACCUGAAAAGCUGCAUGGACGUCAGCCUGCUGCCUGUCUUUGACGCCGUGGGGCAGCUCAGCGCUGGCACCAAACCUGACCCCCAGAUCUACUCCGCCCUCCUGAACAGCGGCUGCCAGGAGGGUGAGCACAGGGCCUGCUUCUCAGAGCUGCGGAGGAACUUCGUGAACUCUCGCCCGGUCAAGCUGAAGAACCUGAUCCUGCUGGUGAAGCACUGGUACCUCCAGGUUGCCGCUCAGAAGAAAGGAGACUGGCCAGCCUGUGCCUCCCUGCCCCCAGCCUAUGCCCUGGAGCUCCUGACCAUCUUCGCCUGGGAGCGGGGCUGCGGGAAGGACGGUUUCCACACAGCCGAGGGCCUGAGGACCGUCCUGGGGCUUGUCCAGCAGCAUCAGCAUCUCUGUGUCUUCUGGACAGUCAACUACAGCUUUGAGGACCCAGCUCUCCGAAGGCACCUUCUUGGCCAGCUUCGGAAACCCAGACCCCUGAUCCUGGACCCUGCCGACCCCACCUGGAAUGUGGGCCAGGGCAGCUGGGAGCUGUUGGCCCAGGAAGCGGCAGCCUUGGAGACACAGGCCUGCUUUAUGAGUAGAGAAGGGAAGCCUGUGCAACCCUGGGAUGUGAUGCCCACACUCCUCUACCAGACCCCAGCCAGGGACCUGGACAAGUUCAUCUGUGAAUUUCUCCAGCCCAACCGCCAGUUCCUGGCUCAGGUGAACAAGGCUGUGGAUACCAUCUGCUCGUUCCUGAGGGAAAACUGCUUCCAGAAUUCUCCCAUCAAAGUGCUCAAGGUGGUCAAGGGUGGCUCCUUGGCGAAAGGAACGGCUCUGCGCGGCCGCUCGGACGCCGACCUGGUGGUGUUCCUCAGCUGCUUCGACCGCUUCACCGAUCAAGGGAACAGGCGGGCCGAGAUCAUCUCGGAGAUCCAAGCCCAGCUGGAGGCAUGCAAGCGGGAGCGGCAGUUCGAAGUGAAGUUCGAGAUCUCCAAGUGGGAGAACCCCCGCGUGCUGAGCUUCUCGCUGCUGUCCCACACGGUGCUGGACCAGGGCGUGGACUUCGACGUGCUGCCGGCCUUUGAUGCCCUAGGCCAGCUGGUGUCCGGCUCCAGGCCCCGCUCCCAGGUCUACGCGGACCUCAUCCACAGCUACAACAACGCGGGCGAGUACUGCACCUGCUUCACGGAGCUGCAGCGGGACUUCAUCGUCUCUCGCCCCACCAAGCUCAAGAGCCUGAUCCGCCUGGUGAAGCACUGGUACCAGCAGUGCAACAAGAUGCCCAAGGGGAAGGGCUCUCUGCCCCCGCAGCACGGGCUGGAGCUGCUGACGGUGUACGCCUGGGAGCAGGCGGGGCAGGACCCCCAGUUCAGCAUGGCCGAGGGCUUUCGCACUGUCCUGGAGCUGGUCACCCAGUACCGCCAGCUCUGCAUCUACUGGACCGUCAACUACAGCUGUGAGGACAAGACCAUCAGAGACUUCCUGAAGAUGCAGCUCCAGAAGCCCAGGCCCAUCAUCCUGGACCCAGCUGACCCGACAGGCAACCUGGGCCACAAUGCCCGCUGGGACCUGCUGGCCAAGGAAGCUGCAGCCUGCAUCUCCGCCCUGUGCUGCACGGACAGAGAUGGCACCCCCAUCCAGCCAUGGCCAGUGAGGGCUGCUGUGUGAAACCCAGAGAAGCAGUGGUCAAACCAGAUUGACAGAUGGAUGCCAGCCCUCCACCUGGGGAGACUCAGGGUCACCUGCCAGAUGUGUGUGUGUGUGUGUGUGUGUAUGAGAGAGAGAGAGAGAUUCAGUGAAUCCACUCUCCUCCUCAGUCCAGCCUCCCCCACUCAUGUCCCUGCCUCCCACUCGGAGUGCUCCUCCCAGCAGCCCACUCUGCUUACCCAGCCCCAUUGAAACCCCCUUGUAUCUGACAGGCACUACACAUCUCAAACACCCCCUGCCUCCCGGAGUCCAGCCUCCAUGGGUGGGCACCAGCCUGGGCUUCCAGCUUCUCCUUCCCCCUCAUGACUCUCUAGUCUCUGUUGCAUCCCGCCCCUGCCGAGAGUGUCCUCCUCUCCCCGACUUCCUCCUGCGCAUCCACACCAGCUCACACCCUUCCUCUUGCUGACAUCCAGUGGCUUCUCCUUGUUCCUUAAUCUAAGAACUUUUCCCGGGGAUGGUAGAGUUUCCAUCUCAUUUGUUGACCAUACUCAGUUGGUCCUGGCUGCCUGGACCCCUGUGUUUUGAAGGAUUCUGAGGAAUGGAUACCUAGCUGGGAAGAGGGACCGAAUCAAUUAGUGAUGUCUGCCGUGGAUGCCGUAGAGGAGAGUAGCGGCAUGAGUGCCGUGAUUGAUUAGCAACGUCUGGCCUGCACACAGGAAGACGUGCUCAGAGACCUGCAGCACAUACAUGUCUAGGCUAUUGAGAAACUCUCUGAGCUCAGCUGCUAGAAGGACAGCAUGCCCGGAUUGGCUACUUUUGUCUGCCACAGACACAGAGGAAGAGGGGCCAUGCAUGCCAUUUAUUCCCUCUCCCUGGACACUUCAUUGGACGCCUUUUCAUCGGAGGCCUCCUCUUGUCCACCUUUCCCGUUUCACUCUUCCCCCCGGUUUGCACAUCUUAAUGCCAUGCCUUACUUGCCUUCCUGGAUUUUUACCGAAUUCCUGUCGUUUCUCCUGCCCUGCUGCAAUGCCCCCAGUGGGAUCCUACAUCCCCAGGACCUAAACGUGAGCCAGUACCCUAGCAACAGUUCCCAGCCUGCUUCUCUCUGCCCCUCAGAGCAAACCCACCAGCUACAUGCAGGAGGCACUCCUGACCUCCCGUCCAGUAACAGUGUCCCUCUUAGUCAAGGACCAGCACGGAAAACAGAAAGCGCUCCGAAAUUGGAUGUAGAAAGGGAUUCCAUCUAAACCCCUGGACCAGUGGAAGGUGGAAGGAGGCUGGGGCCACCACUGGACUUAGUUUCAACAUUUGGCCACCACGGGCAGUGUCUGAGACAGCAUUCCCAUGAACAUCUGUGGGGUGGGUGAGGGUGUGGUCCGUACCAGAGCGGAGGACCAGGACCCAGAGAGGAGGCAGCCUUGUUCUUAGGGGAUACAUGUGGAAGGACUUACGCAUAAAGGAGUCUGGGUGAUUAUGAUGUGUCCAUGUAGGUUCAUCGAUUGUAACAAAUGUCCCACCUUGGUGGGGGAGGCUGUGUGUGUGGGGGGGGGAGGUGGGGCAGGGAGUACAUAGGAAAUCUCUGGGCCUUCUGUUCAAUUUUGCUGUGAACCUAAAAUACUCUAAAAAAUAAAGUAUUUUUUAAAAUAGAAAA